AUGAGUGCCCCUGAAGACACCACUGCGACCGCACAACUUGCUUCCGAUCAUCAUCACCAGCAAAAUGUUGUGUCACCGUCAGCAACUUCCGCGUCCUCCACGCCUGUACCGGCAACAGUAGCAGCAGCAGCACCAGCUUCAUCAUUACUAUCUUCCCCAACACCAUCGAAUGUUGGAUCGCCUACAGUUACCACACUGAGUGCAGUGAUAACAGGUACAGCAGACACAGGCACCGGAAGCGGUGCUGGUGCGUCUGCAACACUUCCCGCCAAUAACGGAAGCAAUAACAACAGCCACUCCGGUGACAGUAAAGACGGCGUUGGUGCCGCUGCCAGCAACAGUAGUGUGCCGGACGGAAAUAACCGGAACGUAAGCAGUGGUCCGCUCGAUGCUGCUACAGAUGCGGCGAAUAUUUGCGAUGCGGAAAAGGUACCAGCGGCUACCACUUCCAGUCCACCACGGACUGAAGAAGGAAUUUCUGCUGCAGGAAUUGUUGUUGCCACGUCAGAUAAUCCGGGUGCGAUAGAACCCGGCUCAUCCGGUGGCACUUCAACACCAGUGGCAGGAGGAGUAUCCCCUGCAUCGCUGGCCGCCGGUGAUGUCGCUGCUACGAAAACGUUAUCCUCCGCGACAGGUAGUGGCGGAACGUCGCUGGUUGCCAGCGGCAGUGUUGUCCCAACGGUUACAAAUGGAGGUGGUGGGAAUAAUACAGGCGUACUACCUGUAACAGCAGGUACCACGAUUACGCUGCGUGGCCGCGAUGUAACCGACAAACACUCGCUGGAAUACCACUGCCGGGUGCUGGAAGAGGAGGUACAGUUAAUCAAGGAGUCCGAGGCAAAGAUCAAACAACAGUAUAGCGAGUCUCAGCGCCGGGAACGUAUCCUUGCACGUCGGGUUGCCGUGCAGGAGCAGGAAAUGCGCGACUAUUCGAAACAAAUUGCGGAACUCAAGUCUGCCCAAGCACCCGGUCCGGCUGCACUGCGGUCGGCUUUGCUUGAUCCCGCAGUGAACAUACUCUUUCAGAAGCUUAAAGCGGAACUGCAGGCGACCAAGGCGAAGCUGGAGGAAACACAAAACGAGCUAUCGGCGUGGAAGUUUACGCCCGAUUCGAACACCGGCAAGCGACUGAUGGCCAAAUGUCGCUUGCUGUAUCAGGAAAAUGAGGAGCUUGGUAAGAUGACCUCCAACGGUCGGUUGGCAAAGCUGGAAAGCGAGCUGGCGCUGCAGAAGAGCUACAACGAGGAGGUGAAAAAAUCACAGCUAGAGUUGGAUGAUUUUCUGCAGGAGCUGGAUGAAGAUGUCGAGGGCAUGCAGGGUACGAUCGUGUUUCUCCAGCAGGAACUAAAACAGACGAAGGAUUCGCGGGACGAAAUGGAAAAGGAGCUCAUACAGUUGCGCGCCUACGUUGCGGCCAAUCUGGGUCCCUUCUCCGGUAGCGCCAACAACCCCACUAGUGGCAGCACACCCACGGACGAGCGCAGCUCAUCGAUGAUGCUGAUGAUGGAUGCGCACGAUAGCAAUAGUAACAGCAACAGCCAUGGUCACGAUGCCUACCACCAGCCGGACGGUGGCGGUCCGGACAGCAUCGGCGGUGGAGUCAGAGUGGGUGAUAUGGGCGGUGGUGUUACCCCGAUCUAUCUAGUGAACGGUGGUGGUGUUGGUAGCGGCAACGCUGACACCGGAAGCAGACUGGUGAAUAAAAGUUCAAGUAGUGGUGAUGAUCACGAUAUGAUGGUGUACAGCAAUCGGACGCACUGUGGUGGCGCUGUUACGAAUAGUAAUGAGUUACGAACUACACCGUCAACCGGUGGAUUGUCACUGACAGCGGCUCCGUCUGUCUCUGCCACCGGCAACCCUGGCAACAGCAGCGGCGGCGGCAGCAGCAGCAGCAGCAUCAACAGUGCCAGCAGUACUGCUGCUGCGGUGAACGGUGGUUCCACUGCAGCGAUCGCGUCAGUGAGCAGCAGCGGUGUUGGUGGUGACCCGUUAGUUAAUGAACUGAAUGAUCCGCUGUUGCCUAGUAGUGUCGCUGGUAGUGAUGGCAGCGGUAGAACUAGUAACAGUAAUACCGAUAGCAAUAGUGGCGGUAACGUUGCCGAAGUCGACCACAGUGUGAAUAGUACUAACAGCAGCAGCAGUGGCAACAGUACUGCGCUGAAACAGCAACACCACCAACAGCAGCAGCGAACAAGUAAUAAUGUCGGUCGAAACGGUGGACGAACAACAGUGGCCGCUAGGAAGCGCAAUUACAAUGAAACCGAGAUUGAUUCGGCAGAGCUGGACGGUGGUGUUGGUAGCAGUGCUGGUGGUAGUGAUGUUGUCAGUGGUGGCGCUUACGGAAGCGAAAGUGUUGUUGUUGACGGUGUGCUAGUGAAGGACGUUGGUGUUGCGGAUAGUAGUGCUAGUAGUGGUGCCAGUGUUGCGAACGGUAAGCUGAUGAACGCCGCCGACAGUUCACUGCUGAUCGAGCAGCAACAACAGCAGCAGGACGUCGAAUCGUCAAACAGCAACAAACGCAUGACACGAUCGGGUAAGGGUAAAGCGAUCGCAACUGCUGCACCAGCGGCUGCGUCCGUUUUGUCCAUUUCCACCCUCUCCUCAUCCGCCUCCACCACAUCCUCCUCCUCAUCAUCCGUCUCCGCGUCGAACGUGUUAAUGACGAGUGCGGCGAAAAAGCUCCGAAGAGGUUCAAUCGCACCGGACGACGAAGUUGAUCCGUUGUGUGAUGCACCCCCUUCGUCACAGCAACAGCAGCAGCAGCAGCAACAACAGCAGCCACAGCAACAAACGAUAUCGUCCGCCAACGGUUCGAAUUAG